GCAAAGUUAGGCAUACACGCCUAUCAUCAAUCGAUCAGGAAGUUUUGCAGAUAUUUGAAUUUGCUUCUGAUUAGCUUAAGAGUUUCAGACUGUCGAGUUUCCACGCCGGCCCUCAUCAAAUUCCUCAUCGUCGACCAUGGAUCGUAGUCGUUUGAUAUUUAUUGUUGUAGGAGUGGGGGUUUUGGCUGCCAUCAUUGUUGCCAUUGCCGUGCCCGUGUCACUGAACAACAAGAGUAAGAGAUCUCCGGAAUUGGCAAGACAAUAUAUGCGGGAAACUCCUUUGAUAGACGGGCACAAUGAUUUACCAUAUCAAUUUAAGAAAGGCAUAAACAAUCAGCUUCAAACAGUAAACUUGAAUGAGCGACCUCCAUGGGAUCCUACACAUACCGAUAUCCCAAGACUUAGGGAUGGAUUAGUCGGGGCUCAGUUUUGGGCUGCUUAUACAUCGUGUGAUUCCCAGUACAACGAUGCUGUAAUGCAUAUUCUUGACCAGAUUGACGUCAUCAAAAGAAUGGUUCAAAUGUACCCUGAAACAUUUGAUUUUGUCACAACGGCGGAAGGAAUCAGAGAUUCCCAUGAAAAUGGGAAGAUUGCAUCUCUAAUUGGAGUCGAAGGGGGUCAUAAUAUUGAUAGCAGCAUGGCUUCAUUGCGCAUGCUCUAUGAACUUGGAGUCCGCUAUAUGACCGUCACACAUAGUUGCAAUACACCCUGGGCUGAUAACUGGUUGAUGGAUGAGGAGACAACUCCAGAACACAACGGACUUACUGACUUUGGCAAGGAUGUUAUUAGAGAGAUGAAUCGUCUUGGUAUGCUUAUUGAUCUCUCUCACGUCUCGGUGAAGACAAUGAAUGACGUCCUCGACAUCGUCACGGCACCAGUCAUGUUCAGCCAUACUUCGGCUUACGAACUCUGUAACCACUACCGAAACGCGCCAAACAGUAUUCUUACUCGAGUGAAAGAAAAUGGAGGAGUGGUUAUGGUGAACUUCUACACCAAGUACAUCAACUGCCCACCCCAAAAUGUUACUGCAGACGAUGGCUAUGCUACACUUGCCCAAGUAGCAGAUCACAUGGAUCAUAUAAAACUAAUCUGUGGCUGGGAGUGCGUUGGGUUUGGAAGUGACUAUGACGGUGUUGGCACUGUACCUGAAGGAUUGGAAGACGUCUCGAAGUUCCCUGACCUGGUUGCAGAACUCAUUGAAAGAGGGUGGACAGAAGAAGAAGUGAAGGGCGCCCUCGGAAACAAUCUACUUCGAGUAUUCGAUGCAGUGGAGGAGGAGAGAGAUGCGUUGGCAGCAGACACCUUGCCUUACGAGAACACUAUGCCCAGGGAUAGUGGGGCAGAGGUGAACAACACAUGUCGUACCUAUGUCUAUAAUCCAUAAUAAUUAUAGUCAAUAAUGUUAUUCAUUCAGCGGUCCGAGGAGGUUCUUCUGAUUCUCAACAAAGUUUAUAAAGUUUAAAAUAUAUUAAGUGUCUUUUAAGUUGACCUUAUCUCAUAUUAUAUAUAUAUAUAUAUAUAUAUAUAUAUAUAUAUAUUGCUUGCAAAGUGAAGAAUAAUUUCUUCUCAGUAAUGUCUUCCAUUUAUAACCAAAUGUCAUAAUGUAUUUAUAUAUAUGUACAGUAUAUGGAUAAAAAAUGUUAUGUCACAAUAAUGUAUCAUAUUCUCUCUGUUUCAUGCAAUUGAGAAUCUCGAUUGGGUAAAAGGGUUAGUGUGGUAAAGCCCUUUCAACCGAUUUUAAUCAGUUAAACCUAUAGUUCCAAUUACUCGAUCUCCACUAUUUUUUAAUGUCUCGCUAAUCAGAAUUGAAGGCAAGAAUAAAAAGAGUCACA